CCCAGUCUUCAUCAAAGUAGGAGUUGAAAGGGAACUGCCUUUUACAUCAGCCUAGUUACUAGGCAGUGUAGUUAGCUGAUUGCCAAAAGUAACAAUCACUAGCCACACAGCCAGGUAAAAAGGCUUGGAAGAUAUCUCAAUGGAAAUCAGAUGCACAGGAAUUUCAACAACAGAAGGCAGGUAGACUAAGCUCUUUGCAGAAGCAUCUAAUAGACAGGCAGGACAGUAAAAUAAAACAAGUGAAACGUACUGGAUUGCCUGUCACACAUAAAAGAGACAUCAGUGCAUUUGUGAAUUCACUUUAACUGUACCUUACUGUGUGACACACUUCAUUUACAACUGUUCUGCAUACAGGACACUAAAAAACACGAGAGCAAAUUGAAACGGUUUUUUUCUUCCCAAAAUUUGCAGGCAUCAGCUCCCGUUCUGAUUGUAUUGGUCUCAGCCUUACACUUGUUUUCACAUUUACCACCAUUUACUCUUGCUGAAUAUAUAAAAUUGAGGGGGGGCAGGGCUGAAAGUAGUAGGCUGUGUACUUAAUUUCUUCGUAGUAAGCACAUAAUGUCUGUUCUGAUUUAGUAUUUAAAAGUAGCCAAGUGAGAGUGCCCAGAUUCAAAAGUGGAUAAUUUUGGGGACAAAAGCCAAAAAAGGCCACCAGUGCUGCAUCCACUUUCACACAUAAAAUCCUGGAAUAGAGAUAUUGAAGCACAGCUCAAAGCAUAAGUUUAUUCCUUAGUUGUCUUAGUUAUUAAUAGAUCUUCGCCUCUGCCCAGCAGCAGCUAGUGCCAAGAGUUCAUUGAGUGAGAGGUGCGGGAAACUUGGUAGUGUGCGGUUAUUAAAUCAGCUUCCACUGAAGUGCUUCUGCCUUAGCCUGUCACUCAGGGACAGGUUUAGGUGCUAUUUUUAGAGAGGUAUAAUUCAAGAACUGCUAGACCAAGCCAAUUCAACUUUUGUAGAAACUACUUAGCUGCAGAGCAAACUGUAUAUUUUAGCAAAUAACAUCAAAACUGAGUUUAUAGAUCAUGCCAUCUUUCCAAAGGAAGGCAUAACUGGGAUGCUGUAGUGCCUUUCAGGUUGGAUCCUUCUGGAGUGUGCAGAGCCUUCUGACUCAGUGUGAGUUUUACAAAAGCUAACAUCAAUCUGGCAUGAACCUGCCCACUCGGCACUUUAGCUAAUGGUUCCUGUAGUCUAUAACUGGUGGAUAGGAUCAAUAAUAUUUGGUAUGCUAUGAGCUAUAUGUACUCAUGUUUAUACAGUGACUCAAGCACUAAAUUGGCCAUGAAAAGAAGCAAACUAAGUGACAUGGUAUCCGGAUCACUGAGGGUCAUCUCCUGCAAAACAGUGGGAUUGGACCAAGUAUAUAGAACUUGGUGUUUCUCCUACUACUUUGCCAAGAAAAAGAAGAUGCAAACAACAGUUGUGCUUGCUGUUGAGACACUGAUAUAAACUUUUACUGAAGCCCCUAUUAAUCUAACUGGUGAAUUAGUGUUCCACAUAUAUACCAUGAAUACAAUUCAUACAAGCAAUGCAAACUAAGACAACUAGUAUUAAAUAUUGUAAUAACAUUUUCAGCCUGACUCUGUAAUUAUACUUUUUUUUUCUCAUUUUAGUAAAACGUUUCUCAUUUUUACUGAAAAGCCUCUAGCCUAUAUUUGGGAAGUAGGCCAGAUGAGAGCAAUCUGCAAGAGGUGCAGAAAGGUGCUGAGGUCUGCAAGUCUUUCCUGCAAGUCAGCAAUCCUCCUUUUCCAAUUAAUAAUUCCAAAAUGCAUCCCAUCCAUUAUCACCAAUUAUCCUUCUUUCUGAAUUCUGGCUGAAACUAGCAACAGUUCCCUGAAUCUUCCGUGCACUUUUUUAAAAUUCAGUAACAAUAGAUGAUAGCAAGGUUUUGCAGCUUUGGGCAUCUGGCAGCCAUAAAGAUGACUGAUUAAUUUCAAUGAGUAAAUUACUUUAUACAACUACAGGAUAUGCUAUAAGCCUCACAUAAGUCUAAGAAAAUUAAAAUUAAUACACUGAAUGAAAUAAGAAUAAUGUUCACAUUAUUAUCAGUCAUAGGUGUCAUUUACUGUUCAAAUCCAGACUUCAGACUUGAUUCAGACAUUCUGUUUCUGCGGCAUGGUCCCCUGGGAGAGCAAAACCUGGAAGAUCUGAGAAGUGAAUAUUGUCUCCACAGUGUUAGUAAGUUCUAAGGAACCAUGACUGAGCCUGACCUGUGGACUGCCUUCAUGACUAGAACUUGUACUGCCUCAUCACCACGAACUUGCCUGAUGAUCUGGUCUCUUGGUCGGACCUGGUUUCCACUCCUGGGCAUGCACUGCUUGCCUUUCUUCGGCCAAGAGAAGAGAAGACAUACUAGAUCUCCUGAGGAAACAGAGAGAAGAAAGGAUUCCAAGCCAUUACAGAAAUGCUUUCCAAUGGGUUUAGAAUCAAACACACUGAAAAAAGGAUGGUCUGCUAAAAUGAUUAGCAGGGGGGUUAAGCUGUGUUACAAGAAUACCUACAGCUGUAAAGAAGUUUGCCGGGGUGGAACACAGCGACCGUGCUACAAAAUAGUUUAUUUUCAUGAUGCUUCACGCAGGAUCAGCUAUGAAGAAGCAUACCUUGCCUGCAGAGCUGAUGGCGGACAUCUUGUCAGUAUUGAAACAGAAGCAGAGCAAAGACUGAUUGAAAAACUUAUUGAGAGUCUCUUAGCUUCUGAUGGAGAUUUUUGGAUUGGGCUUAGGAGGAAAAAGGAGGAGGCAGACAAUAGUACAGAGUGUCAGAACCUCUACUCCUGGUCAGAUGGCAGCUCAUCCAAGUUUCGGAACUGGUAUGUAGAUGAGCCAUCCUGUGGGAGUGAAAUCUGUGUUGUGAUGUACCACCAGCCAUCUGCCCCACCAGGUGUUGGAGGUCCUUACAUGUUUCAAUGGAAUGACGACAGAUGCAACAUGAAAAAUAACUUCAUUUGCAAAUAUUCUCUUGAGAAACCAACAAAUGCUCCAGUAGAGAAUUCUCAAAGAGAUGUUGCAACAGAGCCCUUGAACCCAGUACUCCCCGGAGAACAUCAUAAGAAAGAUGCUAAUGUAACAGUUGUAGAAGCCAAAGAACCUGUGCAGAGUCUUGCCUACAUCCUUAUUCCCAGCAUUCCUGUGCUGCUUCUGAUGGUCGUUGCAGCCAUCUUCUGUUUUUGGCUUUUCGUUAAGAGGAGACAGGAGCAAAUAGAUGCAAGCCCAAAGGAGGAAGAUGCAUGGCUGUCUAACCACAGGAGGAACAGUCCAGAUCUGGAUAUUUAUAAAGUAAUCAAGAAGCAAUCAGAAGCAGAUCUGGCUGGAACCAGGCCUGACACUAAGAAUUCUUCCUUCCGUACACAGGCAGAUAAGGUGCUUGACAGCCUCUCCAGGGAUUAUGAUGAUGCACCAGUGAAUACAUCAACAAGUGGCUUUGUGACAUUGGCCAGUACUGAAAGUGGCUUUGUGACCAAUGAUAUCUAUGAGCUGUGUGGAGAUCGUGUGGGGAGGAGCAAGGAGUCAGCCUGGGUGGAGAAUGAGAUUUAUGGAUAUUAAGGAAAUGGACAAAAAAAACCCUGGAAUAUGGAUGACAAAGUGUAUAUCAAUGCAAGUUAACCUGCCCUCCCUAUGUACUUAUUUUAAUAAUAGUAUAUGUGAAGUUUAUCCUGGUCUUGCAUUAUCCCUAUAUUCUUCUCUCUUUUGAAAGAAUAUGGGUUUUUAAAGAUCCAUUUGAUCUUUAUCAAUACCAUAAAGACCAAUUUGAAAACAAUGUACAUAUUUUGGUUUGCAUCGAGCCUCCUUUUGCCCCAGGAAUGGUUUGUUAAUAGUCCUGAUUCUUUUUUGUACUCCAAAGAUACAUCUUUGAAACUAAAGGACAGUUCAAAAUCCCUAUUUAACUCACCUACUCCUCUUCAAAGGUGCUAAAAAGUCAAAAGUCAGUCACUGGUGACACUUGGUUUCUCAUAGGUGUUCCCAAGAAAGCUGCCACAGUUGUAGGUUGGUGGUUAUUUCUGUGUCAGCCUGUAUCCCAGCUGUGUUGGCCUCCCUCACCAUCUGCCUAUGACACUGACAGACACUUCACUAGGAGAGUAGUGUGGUUUCUGCUUCUUUCCCUCCCUCCUAGUUCUUACUGCCAAGGCAGCGUAUGUGAGUCACAGCGUAUAACUGUGUGUUACUUACGCCAUUAGGUUGGUUUUUAAAAGAUCCCAGCAAGUACUUUGGUGUCAUAAGGCUAACUGGGUUCCCUCACUUAACUUCUGGCAAAAGGAAUUGCAAAGCAAGGAACAAGGGUCUUCGUCUUCUCUGCAAUGCUAAAGGAAGGGAAUGGGGUACCGCAAAGCAUUCUGAUUGGUCUCAGGAAUUAAAACAGCCUGGUUAGCUGUCCAGAGAUGUGCUAAUUUGGCCUAAAUGACAAAUGGAGUACCAGUUCCUUUCUUGUAGAAAGAGUAGCCAGUUGCAGUUUCAUUCUAGAUCUCUCUCAUCCUUGGGCCUGUGAUGUGUACUGAAUUCCAUGAAGACUGACAUCCUGAUGUUAAUCUUCAUAGAGAUGGAGUUUAUGGAAAGGUAGGUGAACAUAAAGAGUUGGAUUAAAAACAGCGUUUUGACAGGUAAACUAAAGAAUCAUGAUAAUCAGUUGUAAUAAAUUACUUGUUGCCUAUUUACCAGGGACUUCACAUAUUCCGGUACGUAGGUUAAGUAAGUAUUAAGGUGAGGUACUGCAGAUAGUUCAUGGGAUUUCCUCUCUGACAGUGUGAGGGAAUUAUAUCUUAUUUUACCACAGAUUUUUAAGGCGCCUUUUUGACUAUCGACUAAGCCAAUAUAGUACUUCCCAUUCUUCUGCACCUUUGGAGGAAUAGAAAUGAAUGGCAUCAGGGCAUAGUAACUGCUACGCAAUUAAAUAAAAAUUCAGGUUAAAUGAGAAUUUUCCUGUUAGAUAUGUGGAACAAGCAAGAAUAUGAAGCAACAGCUUUUACCUCAGAAAGAAUUCAUGGUUUGUAGUUCACUGCUUGACUUCUAAGGGAAAAUGACAAGAGAUGAUCCUUCACCCUAAGGGUUUUUUCACAUCAUCAUCUCUGUUUCUCUGUUAUUUGCAGCACACUUAAAAAAGUUGUUAAGGAGCUAGGAGAAAUCAAGAGUAUGCAUUUGCUGUGGAAGUGGUAUGAAGGACCUGUCCAAAUGUCUGCAGAAGCAACUUCAGAGAGGAUAAAACUCCAACCUGAGGAUAGCCAGAGCAGGCUAGCAGGAUGUAUAUAGUUAUUUUUGCCAACUGUACAUAAAUAUGAGAUUUCUGGUGUAGGAAGUUAAAAACAGCUGUGAUGACCUAUUAAAAAAUAAACUGAAUUUAACUUGGUCAUUGGUAUGCUUUAAGGGCUUUUGAAGCACACUUCAGGAGAUGACUUGUAUCACAAGAAUAAGGAACGUAUUUUGGAAAAGAGAGACGGUGGUCCCAUGCGUCUUUCUUCACAGCACUGUCUUUUGUGCUUGGGAGGGUAAUGUCAUUUAUCACUGAGAAUGCAGAAAGGCAACUAAAUGAAAAGUUGUGUCUUUAAACUGUGCUUGCUUAACUGUGGUUUGGUGAAGAGAUAUCUAUAGUUAUCCACAGCAAGUUGAGGACCACACAACUUUACUUGGAAUCAGGAAGGUACAAAUUUGCCCAUUAGCAUGGAUUCUUAAGUAACUAGUUGUCUUUGAUUUUGAACUCAUCACAUGGACAAGUUUUCAUCUUCUAUGCAUUAUAGAGAGGACAUUCCAGCAUCUCCUAUAUAAGCUUGUAAUUUCCUAUGCCAUGUAUAACUUGUUUUUUGCUAGGGCUUUCUGAUAUGCAUCUUGUUCAUGAGAAAUGAUCAGAUCAAUGGUUGUCUCGUUAUAAGGACUCAACGACCUUCAUAGGAGCUUGGAGCUAACUCCUGUGGCAAGAUCUCUGCACUGUUGAAUUUGUCAGUGCAGCUAAGUGUAACGGGAGCUUGAAAACUGACAUUCAUAUUGACUUGAAUAUGGUCAGGGCAGAAUCCCAUGUGCUGCUGGAUAUGGGUUUGUUUUAGCUGAAUUCCAUUGUAAAAGUUACUUUGCAGGAAGUUGGAAGUACUUGCAAUUAUCAAGGCUUUUGGAAAGGAAUAGGAGGGGAAUUCGGAUUUAUCAAAUAAGCACAUGAUCUGGUUGCAUAAAGGACUACUGUCUGUAAAAUGUUUGAUGUUAGCGCUGAAAUCUGCAAAACUGAAAACACAUUUACAAACAUAAGAUUCUCCCCCACUGAAAUGAACAGGCACAAUCUAUUCCUGUGCUUCCCCAGCUGCUUCAGGCUAUAGACGGGCAACACAGCAUUGUUUUGCACUUUCUGCUUUUUAAAGAUGUUUGUCCUUACCUGAACACAUUGGUGCUAAAUGGACAUGUGGAGUCUGAAGCACAAGUUCUGCAUGAAGUCAAUGGCUGUGAAGUACUGAUAGCAACAGUGUGGUCUCUAGAUUUUUGUCAGUACAGAGCUAGUCUGAGAUUCUUAUGUGAAUUCAGUCCAGUUGUUAAUACUGAAGUCACGAAUAUGCUUAGAAGUUUGGCUUCAGAGCUGUACAGCUUCUUGCUUGGGAUCUUUGCAUGUUCGUAGCAGUUUAUGUGUGGAAAACACUGCAAAGUUAGGCCAUUAAGAUUUAACACAUCAGACAGGACAGAUACCUCAGCUGUUUCAUACACUGGUUUAUAUAUUCUCAAGGCAAAUAUGUUCAGCUUUGAGAAAACCAUCACAAUUUGCUUUGUCUGCACUUACUGUGUUUUCAAUUAUUACAGCUAUGGAGCUGUUCCUUAAAACAGGAUUUUUAUUUGAUUGUAUCCCAUUGGACUGAGAAAGAAGUGGGAGUGCCACACAGAGAACCAAGUACAUUGAAUGUUGGGAAGCCGGACAUCUGCACUGAAGAAAAGAAAGCAUUUAGGACGUUAUCAUAUAUGUGGGGCCAUUUGGAUUCAGUUCUGUAUUCUCAGUCUGUUCUUAACUACCGGGUGUCUCAGUCCCAUGUGAAAAACAGAAAUAACAGUAUUUUACAGGCUUCCAGGGAUGCUUGGAAUCUAAAAAUGAGUGACUCUGAAGUGAGUUUUGAGACUACAAUAAUGAGGCCUUGUAAUUGGCAAAAUUUUAAUUUUAUUGUCCAGCAGAUAUGUGCAGCCAUUUUAAAGCAUGUCUAGACAAAGUCAUUAUGUAUAAACACUUAUUUGUUAUGGUUUGGUUGACCAGUUCUGGUAACUGGCCCUGUGUGUAGCAAGUAAUCUUUUUUACUUAUUCUGUUGGAUCAUGUUCAACCUUUUCACAAACCAAAUAAAAAUAGUAAAUGCC